AUGCCGUGCAAGAAACUUGGUACCGGUUGGCGGGUCGUUGCCACUUUCAACAUCAUCGCUGUCUUUCUGAUUACAUUAUUCGGUGCAAUCCUCGUCAUCGUUGGUACUCAACAACCUGCAGGUACUAGCCAAAAACUUGGAGGUAUCAGUGCACAAUUCAUUUUCUUCGAAGGCGACUGCAAGACAAGCAAGUCUAUCAACACUUGGCUGCAUCUACUGCUCAACGCCUUCUCGACCGGUGUACUCGCCUCGUCCAAUUUCUUCAUGCAGAUCCUUAGCUCCCCAACAAGUGCCAUAUUUUCUACGGAGUACCUGGGUACCGAUUGGCACCUCACUAUCGCCUCUGACGGGUUUGUCCAGGGUGUAAAGUUUCGCGGGUCGGGGGCUGCGCUGUGGCCUCCUCAGUCUGGCCAAAAGUUGGAAGGAUAUGGAUCGCCGGGAAAUCUGGACGACUACUUCAAUUUAUCCAGCAGCACAUUUGAGAAGAUCCAAAAUGCCUCCCGGGAGGCCAAAUAUUGGAAAAGGUUGGGUGUUAGCGAUUGUGUCUCUCAAUAUGUUGAUUGCAAUCCACGUAUUGGUUUUAGAGACGUGGUGAUGGUGGUUGAGUCUCAAAACAUGUCUUUGACGGCCGAAAAUGAAACCCUUGGCUGGACAAGAGAUGAGCUCCUUCAGUCAUUCAAGUCCGAUAAAGAUAAGUCUUACUGGAAUCAACGGAUGCCUCUUGAGGAAGUCAAUUCUCUCCGGUUUGCUGCCGAUUGCAAAACGAGUGUGAGUCCUGCGCAAAGCCGAGCAGGUGGAUGUAACCAGACCUGUGGCAAGGCAGUGGGGACAGGGAAUAUUACUUCAAAUUCAAGACGGCCUGGAGAAGUCCCUUCGACUUACACACUGAGCUUCUUCACAAACACAAGCAUAGAUGCAAGUUGGCCUGGUCUUGCGAACGAAUCUGCGAGAGAUCUCACACUCAAGUACUGUUUGGCUAAAUCAGUCUUGCAGAACUGCAAAGUUGGCAUCUCUAACCAACUACUUCUUAUCGUCGUCGUUUCAAUUGCGGUCAAGGGGUUUCUUGCCGUGGCCAUCCUAGUCAUAUUGCCCGAUGAGAAGCCUCUCGCAGUUUUGGGAGAUGCUAUCGAGUCUUUUAUUCAAUUUCCAGACGACAACACAGUUGACAGGUGCCUUCUUGACAGGGACGUUGAGGAGUACGAGGGGGUUGGUCACGCAUGUGCUAUGACAGCUCCACCAUUGCGUCAAAAUUGGACAUCUGCUAUACAACGUGAAACCUGGACGAGAAGCUAUGGAGUGCUGUACUUGAAUAUUCUCUUGCUUGCUGCUGGGUUUAUUGCUGCCCAAAUGAAUACCCCCAUCACUGGAUCAAGCUUUACCAAAAGCAUGAGCAACGAAAUAUUAUCAGCCGCGGAAGCAUCAACGAGCAAGGUUAUCGACUUUGUUCUCAGGGCCAAUUUACCGUAA